AGCAUUUUCACUCUUCAUGCUUUACAUUUUGCAUUUUACAUUUGCAGGUAUCAUAUGGACCAGCUUGUCGACUUUCGAAGGCUGGAAAACGAAACGGAUGAUGAUAGCUGACAUGGCAGGUGGCGGAGGGUUGAGGAUAGAUGGAGGCGUCGUCCUCCAAACAUAACGAAAACAAACCGCAAUUUUUGAACGAAGACAAGCCCGAAGAUGGAGGAUCGGACAGGAUGAAGGGUUCGGGAUUCGGAAGAUAAGACGUCCUGGUUCCUGAUUGAUAUAAUUGAACGGAUGCUCUGCCUCUCCUUUUGUUCCCUGUUGUUCAUAAUCUACUACAGUCCACUCAGUCAUGGUGGGUAUAUAACAGAACCCCGAUCCAAAUUUCCUCCCUUCAUCCUCAUCUGUCAAAUCAACCACUAUCACAACGACUGCACAUUCUUUCUUUCUUUUUUCGCCGUCUAUAGUUACGAUCUUGACUCCUGUAUACAUUUGUAUCCUCCAGCAACAAACCUCCUUGUAUCCACCCGAAUCUCCCUACAGCCGACAACCCUUGCCCUAUUACUAUGCAGUUCCAGCAGAUCUACUGGCUUCUUGGAGCCUUGACUGUGCCGGCUAACGCUUACUUUAUCCUCUCACACCCUAUCCUUGAGACCACUCGAUUGGAUCCCAUUGUUUCACCUGGUGAAAUCUCUAGCCAUGUCCAUGCAAUCGUUGGAGGUAAUAACUUCGACAAGACGAUGACGUACCAAUCUACCCAGGAAGGUAUCUGUACCACGGCUUCUAUCACCGUCGACAAAUCCAAUUAUUGGACUCCCCAACUGUACUACUAUAACCUUGCCGAUGAGUCUUACGAGAUGAUUCCUGUCUCAUAUGUUAAUACAUAUUACUUGCCCCGCUAUUCUUCAGGCGAAGACACAGUCCAAGCCUUCCCUGAUGGCCUCCGUAUGAUAUCUGGUGACCCUUUCCGACGAGAAUAUGUCGAUGGUGAUCCAGACUCUACCGCUAUCACCUAUGUCUGUCUCGAUUACGACAAUGAUCAUUCGGGGGACGCCGACUGGGCUGAGCGUAACAGCUUUUUCGAUCAUAACUGUCCCAACGGUAUGAGGGCCCAGAUAUUUUUCCGCUCUUGUUGGGAUGGUGUUAACCUCGAUUCUGACGACCACAAGUCCCACAUGGCUUGGCCUGGUGGUGGGGUCGAUGGGGGUGACUGUCCUUCUACUCACCCUGUCCGUCUCGUGUCUCUAUUCUACGAAUUCAUCUACAACGUUCAAGAUUUCCCUUUCAACGGUGCAGGCAAUGUCACUUGGGUUUUCGCGACUGGCGACACUACUGGUUACUCUAUGCAUGGUGACUUUGUCAACGGUUGGCCUUCCCUUGCGAAUGGUACCAAUGUCCUGCAGGAAGCCCUCGAUCAGUGCAACGAGGACAACGGCGUAGGUGGUGAGCUCAACAACUGUCCCCCUUUUGUCCCUUACAUCGAUUCCGCCUCUGCCUCUGCCUGCAAGCCUCUCAACCUUUUGGUCGACGAAGACGUUGGUGACGGUCACUCUAUUAGCAAACUUCCUGGCGACAACCCCCUUUGGAUCGGGGAUGGCACCAAACCUACUUACGCCAAUUACACUGAUGACGGUAUUGGAUUCACCGACUUCAAGUCCGUCAUUCCUGAUGGCUAUACCGAGGUUGGAUGCAUUGCAGAGAGCACGACUGGCCGUGCUCUUACAGGCUCUCACUUUACUGCGAGUAAUAUGACAAGGGGUGUUUGUGUUUCAUUUUGUGAGGCGAAUGGUUACCCUUUGGCUGGGAUUGAAUACGCGGACGAGUGCUACUGUGAUUUUGAGAUGAGGAACGGGGCCUCCAACACCACUCUACUUGCUUCUGAGAAGUGCAAUUUGGCUUGCCCUGCAAAUAGCAAUGAAAACUGCGGUGGUUCUUCAACUCUCACUCUUUUCAACAAUCCUUCUCUGUACUCUACUUUUACAUAUCCUACUGGUUGGACCUCCUAUGGGUGCAUGACUGAAGCUACCAAUGCGCGAGCGCUUGCCAAGUACUCUUUCACCUCUUCUUCCAUGACGCCUCAAUUGUGUAUGAGCACUUGCCAAGCCGAGGGCUACAUUUAUUCAGGAACGGAAUACAGCACUCAGUGCUAUUGUGGAAACACUUUCAGUGCAGGUAGUGUCCCUGCAGACGAAUCUAGCUGUAGCAUGGCUUGCGGUGGGGACAAACUUCAGACUUGUGGCGGCAGCGAUCGACUCACAACCUUCAAGUUCGACAACAACGCCGCUUCCAACAGCUCAAGUAUCACAGCUUCCGCGACUGCUUCAGUUACUGCCAACGAAUCUACUUCCAGCAGUUACGUGACAACAGCUCCGUCGUCAUCCCUUGGGUAAUGGAACCUACAUGGCCGGCCAGUACUCCAAGCGAUCCUUUCCUGCCAAGUUCAUAUGGUAAAGGUGCCUUUGCCAGGCGCGCUGAAUAGCAUCAAGGACAAUCGAUUUUGUGUAAUUUGUUAACAUUACAAUAGUUGAAUAAUUGAGAAUUACAAAU